GCGUUCAUCCCCCACCACCAUUUUGAGAUUAGCGCACAUUGGAUGAAAUAAUCAGCCUGUCGUUAUUCAAAAAUGUCUGACCAGCUUUGCAAACUUUUUGUCGGGGGUCUAAACGUGGACACCGACGACGAUGGCCUGCGCAAGCAUUUUGAGCAGUACGGAUCGCUUACCGACUGCGUUGUCGUCGUGAACAAGCAGCUACAGCGAUCCCGCUGUUUCGGCUUUGUAACCUACUCCUCACCAGAGGAGGCCGAUGCAGCAAUGGCGGCUAGGCCUCACACCGUCGACGGCAACUCGGUCGAGGUGAAGAGGGCCGUGGCGAGAGAAGACGCCAACAAACCAGAGGCCCUAGCAAAGGUGAAGAAAAUCUUCGUUGGCGGUCUGAAAGACGAUAUCGAAGAGGAACAUCUGAGCGACUACUUCUCUCAGUACGGCCAAAUUGAGAAGGCCGAAGUCAUCUCGGAGAAGGAGACCGGAAAGAAGAGGGGCUUCGGCUUUGUUUACUUCACCGACCACGACGCAGCCGACAAAGCGGUUGUGGUGAAGUUCCAUACCGUCAAUGGACACAAAGUUGAGGUGAAGAAAGCCCUGACCAAGCAGGAGAUGCAGGCGGCCAACAGAACCGGUAUGGCGCCGAGAGGCAGAGGUAGAGGAGGCAUGAGGGGAAAUCAAAAUGGCUACGGCAGCAGGGAGUAUGGCGGAAACUACAACUACGGAAAUGGCGGAGGCUACAACGGUGGCGGCGGCGGUGGCGGCUACGGAGGUUACGGCGGACCUUAUGGGGGUGGUUACGGAGAGCAGACAAGUGGCUACGGCGGUGGAAACGGCUACAACGAGUUUGGCAGCGGUUAUGGCCAGCAUUCUUCUGGUUAUGGCCCCAUGAAAGUGCCACCCUUCGGCGGCCAAAGGAGCGCUGCUCCCUACACACGAGGCGGCGGCGGUGGGGGUUACCCAAGGGGGGGCUACGGCGGCGGCUACUAAAAUGAGUCAGCACAAAUUAACCACCCCCCAUCCCUGCCAUAAAUUACCUCCAGCAAGGAUUUGGACGCCAAAAUCAAAUUCAGUAACGGGGCGUCUGCCGUGAAAUCCAACAAUGGCAGAGAUACGGACAGAGACCCCCUAACCUUCAGACCUCAAACCCCAAACAGGUAGGAAGGUCACUUCCCAACAAACCUGAUAAUAACGAGCAGUUGUUGCCGUUCAACUAGGACACGUUAAAAAUGAAGAAUAAAACAUACAGUGAUCCCUUUUUUAUUAUGUACCCACGCCAACGCGUGUAGUUGUGGUUUAGAGUUGAAUAUUUUUUAUUUGCGUUCACUCGUUGUUUUGCAAAUGUAGGAUUGUUUUGCUGAUUAUCCUAAUAUUUGCAUUUUAAGCAAUUAGAUUUUGUUUCCUGGAGUAAUCUUCGUGUAAUUUCAAUGUAUGAGGAUGAGAAAGCAUGUUUUGUGGUUUCAUAGCUUGUCAUAUAACAUCAACUUGUAUGAUUAUCUACUUGGGUCAUUCAGCAAAGGCGGGAACGUGAUACGGCAGGAUCCAGUUUCCUUGUUUCCUCCCCCAUACUGUACCCAAACUCUCCUUACGCAUAGUAAUAGUUUCAGUCUAAAUAUUGUUCAUUUUUCAUUCCCUGUAGCAAUAUCUAAUGUAUAUUGUAUACUUUCAUGUCUGGAGAACAAAACCUACUGUUAAAACACUUUGGUAUGCUUAUGUAUGUUCAUUUUAAAUAAAACGUUAUACCACUUA